ACAUAAACAAAGGGGGUGUCACGCAGUAUGGACGACCUGGGCAAUCUACGGUGACAGGGACUCUUGCACACCUGUCGGCAAACCACCAAAGGCUAUACCAGACCCACCUGAAGAUGGAAUGAGACUUAAUCACCUCACAAGCAGUUUGAAACGAUUGUUGUAAAAGGUCGCCCUGUCAUUAAUAUUCGGCUUUUGUCCCACAUUUUCGUGGUCCCUUUCUGUGACGCUAACGCGGCGAGGAGACCCCGACGGCGCCAUCUUUUGUGUUCGAAUCGUGACGUCACAACGCGCUCGGCUUUGUGGGACGGCUUUUUGGAGAAGGGGGCACCAAACCCGGGUAGAGACUUUGGCAGCUGAGGGCGACACCACGACAGGAGGUUACCGGAGAGCGAUCGUACUCACAGUCCGGCACGCUCUCACUCAUUCAGUCGGCGCCUCAUAAGGUGGACGACAAAGACGUCUUCUUUGGAGAUCUUCCAGUGAACAUUUGUAACUGCUGAUUUCUUCGACCUUCCCAGGGCUACUGGUCCUCAAAAUGGCGGUCAAUCCCAUGAUGCUGUGUGGUAUCCUGAUCCUGAUGGUUGUUGGAGACUGCGCACUUGGCGCCCCUACGAUUCUUCAUAAUGAACGCCUGUCCCUUGACGGAUGGACCGACACCCAGAGCCCGUUCGUCCCGUGCAAAGAAGACCAAGAGUGCGGUCAUAACUUCAAGUGCUCGGCGACAUCCUGGUACCAAGUGGACGGCGACUUCCCCCGCAUCUGCGUCCCGAAGACCCCGACUCGCGGCGAGAGCAACCCUCCUGCGUUCGUCACGAACCUCAUGUCUCCCGGAGAGCCCGGUCGGUAUAACCUUUACUACUGUUACUACGACAAGGAGUGUCCCACAGGGGGCGUGUGUAAAUGGGUGAGCAAGCUUGCCUCCGGAAUCUGCCUCUACCCGGACAGCAAGUUCGACUUCACCGAAUUCGCCGAACCGCCACAGCACAGGAGCGCCCCUAGCAAAGUCGUUCAGUACUGCAGCACCAACGAUGAGUGCUCCUCGGGCGAGUUCUGCCUGAAUGAGGAGUGGAUGACCAACCUCGGUUACCUUGACUACGGCGUGUGCAUGCCCAAGGGAUACAAGUACGGACCGGACAACUUCCCAGUGCACUUCCAAUCCGAACCGACAGAGGUCCAACAUCGUCAGGGCGCCGACCCGUACGAGAGACAAACCUUAGCCGUCGGAAACGCCCUCCCUGAGAUGGGAGAUCCUAACUCCAUCAUCUACUGCCACUCCGACAUCGAGUGUCCCAGCGGACAGUACUGUCUCUUCGGCGCUUGGGAGGGUCUGUUUGGGAAGUUCGACUAUGGCGUGUGCAUGCCCAGAAGGCCGGCGGCGAUGACACCAUGCACCAUGAGCUCGCAGUGUCCCCAGGACGAGUACUGCUCGUACGAGGGUCUUUGUAAGUCCAUGUUCUCCAACCAGCAGAUGGCAUCCGGUCAGGUCGCAGCCGCCCCACAGGCCCAGCCGGUGCCACAGGCCCAGCCAAGGGUCCACUACUGUAAGUCCAGCACUGAGUGCACCGUUGGCGAGUACUGCUUGAUGAGGCCCGAGAGUUGGAAGAAGUUCGGCUCGUUCGACUACGGGGUCUGCAUGCCGAGGGUACCCGGACAGCAGGCCAUCCCUCAGCCGCCUUCCGCACAAAACCCGCCCGUCAACGUCGCCCACGCCCGCUGUUCCUCCUUCGCAGAGUGCCGCACCGGCGAGUACUGCUCCCCUGACGGACGUUGUCUCCCCAUGUUCAUCAACCAACCCCUGGCCGCGGCAAACAUGGAUCCAGGUGCCAUGGGGACUGAUCCGUCCCAGGGCCCGUCCAAAGUCAUCUACUGCAAGGGCAACAACGACUGCCCCGUCGGAGGCAAGUGCGUGAGGGGCGAGUGGACGCAGUUUGGCAGGUUUGACUACGGGGUGUGCAUGCCGAAGGACUGGCGACCGUCACUGACCGGACACGCCGGCGGAGGCAACCUCAUGAUCCUCCCGCAGAGCAGCGACCCGCGCUCGGCAGGAAACCAAGCCGAGAGCAUCAAGUACUGUUCCCAGGACAACCAGUGCGGGUUCGGUGAAGUCUGUCUGCACGGAGCCUGGACUGAGAUGGGGAAUUACAACUACGGCGUGUGCAUGCCCAUGAACACCGGACUUCGCUCUGCUGCCGACGACGCCACGGGACAUCUCCGUCAAUCCAGCGAUCCCGGGAAUGGAAACGUCAUCUGUACUGUCUGCAAGGACGACAACGACUGUCAUUCCCAGGACUACUGUACCGCCUAUCUGGGCAGCGAUGACGGCUUGUGCUGGCCUCGGCAAGGCGGACCCACGCCCCCGAAGGUGCCUGGCUCAACCAUCUGCAAGCAGAUGACGGCAGACUCCGCCAAGAGGUGCAACGGUGACCGGGACUGUCCCGUUGGUCAGUACUGUAACACCUUCCUCCUGUCGCUCAGCCAUCAGGAGGGCGUCUGCAUCCCGAAAGGAGACGCUCCUGCAGUCGUGCCGCCCGCGCAGUACCAGCCCGUGCCGCAAGACGACGACUCCACCCUCUGCAACCUCUGUAAGACGGACCAGGUCUGCGGUAGCGGCUUCUACUGCACAGCGUACCUCGGGAGUGACGACGGCGUCUGCUGGCCUCGGCAGGGCUUCGGUCUGCUCAACGUCAUCCCCGGAAAGACCGUGUGUAAGAACGGCGCUCCCGACCUCGGGUUGCUUCUCCCCGCACAAGCACAACCCGUGGCCACUGUUUCUACCCCACUGGGUAAGGUGAGGUGUAAGCUGUGCACCAGCAGCGCAGAGUGCCUAUCCAGUGAAUACUGCACGGCCUACAAGGGGACGGACCAGGGGUUGUGUUGGCCCAACCAGGGUCCGCUGGUUCCCGAAAACCUGGUCCCAGGCGUCGACCUCUGCUCCGGUUCCCCCAACUUCAGGAUGUGCAAGACCGUCGCGGACUGCAACAAGGAGACGGAGUACUGUACGGCCUACAAGGGAGACGACACCGGCGUGUGCUACCCUCGCCUUGCCUCCAUUCCAAGCAGCGGCAGCUCGGGCAGCAGCGCCCCCUCUGGGAGCGCACUGGAAGCGCAGGCUCAGCCGGUAGCCGUGAUCGGCGAAGCCAGUUCGCUGACAUCCGUGACGGGCUCGGCGUUCGCGUGUAAGCUCUGUUCUGCCGACGGCGAGUGCGAUAGCUCCGAGUACUGUACGGCGUACAAGGGCAGCGACAAGGGUCUGUGCUGGCCCAAGGCCGGCGUCCCGGGCCCUCCCAACCCCAUCCCGGGCCAGAGCUUCUGUAACUACUUCGGCGGAGGUGGAGACGGAGAUGGCGGGGACGGGGACGGAGAUGGCGCCAAGCCGAGCACGGAAAUCAGGCUGUGCAAGAACGACAACGACUGCAAGGCGAAAGAAUACUGCACCGCCUACCUCGGCAACGACAAGGGCGUGUGCUGGCCAGUAGCCGUGGCCGCUGCUCAAGUUCCUGUCGCAGAAAUCCAGUUCCAGCCGGUUGACAAACCAGACUCUGAUGGCCAAGGAGACGACAAGCCCGACAAGAAGCCAGCAUCGUCCACCCUCUGUAAACUCUGCAAGAAACAAGACGCGUGUGCCAUCGACGAGUACUGUACCGCCUAUCUGGGUGACGACGAGGGCAUCUGCUGGCCGAAGAUCAACGCACCGGCCUUCUUCCCCGGUAUCUCCAUCUGCCCGGUCAAGACGACCACGCCGCAGCUGUGCAAGUCUGACAGCGAGUGUAAGGAAGACGGGAAGUACUGCACCGCCUUCAUGGGUACCGACUGGGGCGUCUGUUUCCCCAAAGAGGGAGGAGCCAUGUACAAGCAGGAUCAGCCAAUGAAGUUUGAGUUCGAAGCCCUGGUCAUCGACCCAGAAGCGCUGGCAAAAUCCCGCCUGAAAGAAGUGUCCAGUUCAGAAGCAGAAAGUGGCGGAGACGACGACUCCGAUUACUUCGACACCGACAAAUUCCUGCAAAAAUUGGUCGUGUAGAAAAGUGUCUUUGAUACCUGUCCUGGCGAGAUAUUUUCAGAGGUGUAUUUUUGUUCUGUCUACUCUAAGAAGUAAAAAUGGUUUUAUUGGUUCGAAAACAAAUGUCAAAUGGGGAAUUGAAAUACUAGCACACCCUAUUUGACACUGGUCGCACUGUCAUUUGUGUGGCAUUCUCUUGUCAAGAGAUUAAAACAAACAUUUAGGUACUUCAGAAUUCAUACUAGUCUGCUAUAUUACGCACAUGUCCCAAUCACACUUUGGGCGUACUUUGUCAAAAAGAAUGCGAAGAAUCGCGAAGUACGGUGUGUAUUUCAAUAUUGUAAAUGUGACUCCAAGCACUAGAUUUGCACACACAAGAAGUACAAAAAGAGACAUUAACUAUGCAAUUAUGAUCAAGUUAGUUUACUACUUCCAUUUAUCUAACAUUUGUUAUUAUCUGCGGCGUAUUCCUGUCAAAGAACAUCGGCAUGUGACGUCAUGAAAUUCUUUUGGUCAGCCAUUUUGUUUUACCCUAAACGAUCCCACCAUGCACUGGAUGUUUUAUUUACGAAUACAAGGGCAUGUCCUUGAUAAAAUGGAAUUUUGCAAUAUGUUGAUCGAAUUUCUUGACUUAAAAAAAUGAUCCUUUUCUUAUGAUAACAUUGCAUCACAAUGCAUAAUGCAUAACCGGAUAACUUUGCCGAUGUUCUGAAAAUGUCAUACUACUGCUAAUGAGGUUGAAAUGUAUUUAUUUUGCUCUUUGGUCUAUAUACAUUUAUAAAAUGUCAUUUAUUGUAUAUAAUUUGGUUGUAAUUUGGUGUUUUAUAUGAAGCUAAUAGCUUUUUUUCUAUUGUGGGUCUUCUAUUUGUUUUGUUUUUUAAGUUGAUAGGAUAGUCUGGAUAUUGUUACUUUAGUGCGUUUUAUCUGUGUUUCUGUCUGUUUGUGUUACUUGUACCUUAUAAGGAUUUUAGUGUUUAUUUAUUUGAGAUAAUUCACUACAAUGUCUUAAGAAUCAAGAAAACUAAAAAAAAAACAAGUCCAUACCAGUAUGCUACGCUUUCUUUAAUUUAUGCACUUUGCAGAAUUACGCGAUGAAUUUUAUAAUGGCCAUAAUUUAUUUGACCUGUAUAAGUUGCCUAGGAUAAGAAAAAUCACUGUGUCUUGGGUGAUAAUUCAUAAAUUCUUUAGAGUAACAUAAGUCCUUCUGUUUCACUUCUGUUUCACUUCAAGUUCUUAUUAGGAAGACAGCAUAUACUGUACAGUAGCAGCAUUCCUACGGACAGAGUAGUUUGUAACAUGUUUACAUGUAGUUUAACGUCAAAACCAGACAAACCUCAUUUGUGAGGAAACAAUCCACUAUGUGAAACAUUGCAGUAACAUAUGUCACGAGGGAAUGUAUUGUAUGUACAUGUAUAUGUUACUAAGGUGUUACUUUGAUGCACAUAUACGUUUCCGGUAUGCUACAAACUGUAUAUCACAUGCAAACACAAGACGUAUCAGGCAGCUCCAAGGAUCUCUGUUAUAGUAUCAAGAAAUAUACAGAAACUCUUCAGUAUAUUUUGUAUUCUGAAUAAUUCCGACACAGAUAUCAAUUUGUAUCGCACGGUUAGCUUAGACCACGUGGAACGACGUUCCGUGUAUAGUAGUACCUUCUCAUACAAACAUUCCACAUGUUGUUAUUCUGCAUAGUUUUAUGAACGAUUUUUAUCUUAAACUGGUGCUAACGAGUGAUAAUCUAUAUCUAAGCGGGAUUUUUCAUAAGUUAUUAAAGGGUUGGUAAAAAAACACCAAA